AUGGAUGCACAACUAGAAAAACUUCUUAAAAGCAGUGAAUGGGAUAUUGUAAGGCCUCCGGUGGCCCCGAGCCGCCGCCUGCAGCCUCCAGCCUCCGGGGGCCCCGAGCUGCCGCCUGCAGCCUCCAGCCUCCGGGGGUCCCCAGCCGCAGCCUGCAGUCUCCAGGCACCUGCAGCUUCCAGCCGCCUGUGGCCCCGCCUCCGGAGGUCCUGCCUCCGGCGGCCCCCGAGAGCCGCCCCCUGCAGCCUCCAGCCACCGGGGGUCCCAAGCCGCCGCCUGCAGCCUCCAGCCACCGGCGGCCCUGAGCGGCUGCCUGCAGCCUCCAGCCUCUGGCGGCCCCGAGCCACCGCCUGCAGUCUCCAGCCGCCUGCAGCUUCCAGCCUCCAGCCGCCUGCAGCUUCCAGCCGCCUGAGGCCCCGCCUCCGGCGGCCCCGAGCCACCUGCAGCCUUCAGCCGCGUGCAGCUUCCAGCAGCCCUGAGCUGCCCAGACACCAGCGGUCCAGCUGUCAGCGGUCCCUCGACGCCUGCGGCCCUGAGACUCCAGUGGUCCAGCGGCCCAGCGGUCAGCGGUCCCGAGAUACUAGUGGUCCAGCAGUCCAGUGGUCAGCGGUCCCCACGCCUGCAGCCCCUAGACGUCAGCAGUGCCGAGACACCAGCAGUCCAGCGGCCCAGCGGUCAGCGAUCCUGACGCCUACAGCCCCUGGAUGCCAGCGGUCCCGAGACGCCAGUGCCCCAGAGAUGCCAACGGCCCCUAGCCGCCAGCAGCCUUGCCGCAAAAUGCCUUGCCACCCCGAGCCACGAGCGGCCUUGUCCGCAGCGGUGGCUUCCUCUGGGUGGCAGCCUUGUCAGAGUAGCAUCGUGGGGAGCAGAGUCUGUGUCAUCCGGGUUGUCCUCCUUGUCAUCGUCGCUGUCAUCGUUGCCUCUUUGUCGUCGGGAGCGGCCUCGUCCGGGAAGCGGUCUUGUCCAGAAUGGCCUCUUCUUGGGAGCGGCCCUGUCUGGGGAGCAACCUCAUGGAGCAGCGGCCUCAUCUUGGGAGUGGCCUCUUCUUGGGAGCGGCUCUGAUCAUGGAGCGGCCUCAUCUGCGGAGCAGCCUCGUCCGGAGCGGCCUUCUUGGGAGUGACCUUGUCGGGAACAUCGUCCUCGCCUUUUCGUAAGAGAUAGCCCUGACCAGUCAGUUUGAUUCUUGAUGCUUGGUGCGAAAUAAAGUUUUGUUUGACCUUCGCUUUGUAUCAGUC